GCGGUUUGCCUUGACGGAACUCGAGGGUGUUGACGAGCCAGGUGCCGGUCACGAGGAUACUGAUAGCACCAGAGAGGGGAUCUCCAGCAAGCCCCGGUUCGGCGACUUGUCAUUCUACGGUGUUGGGAGAGAGAAGAGAAACAGCUUGUGGGAACUAGAAGCGCGGCGGCUUACUAAGGCAGCGCGAGGGCCUGUAUCAGGCAUAGUAUUUCACACACAACACUGCCCUAGCCUCCAACAGGCGGUCGGAGCUGCGGAUACGAUCAACCUUGGUUGCAAAUAUGCAUUCUGGACGAUCAAAUGGUCUUGCACAAUUACCACAAGCAGUGUUAUGAACGAAAUCGGUCGUCGCGGAGCUACAUCAUGUUGCAGAACCGUUCGCGCGGCUCGUAUGGCCUCCCGGGCUGGACUGGGGGACCAGAUCACAUUACAUAUAACGCUGUGCCAGGCUGGGAAGCCUCGCGAGCACGAGAUGAUGUAAUGAGAGAUGCUGUGAACGUUCAAGUAAGGGUGAUGGACAGGAGAGGGUGUCACAAGGAGACGCCUGCUCAGCCAAUUAUUUCCGAUGCUGUCGACACUCAGCCGGAGAUGGUCAAGCCAGAACAAUCCGCGUUGAUGCAUUCGGAGGAGGACUAUGGAACUAGGAUAGAUCCAGAGGUAGAAGAUACCACAGGACAGGAACCGCCCAAACCACGGCCCAAAAGAAAAACGGUCGCCAUCGACAUAGCGUCGCUGCCAACACCAGAGGCUCCAACCCCGCCGGCAGCAAAUGACGGUAUCGGGCAGGUCAGCAAUCUCCGACAGCACUAUGCUUUUGUCGACCACCUGACUGCCGUCAUGGCCCGUGUCGCCACGCACUGCAUCAACAGCUCCUACUGGCGGGCCGCCGUGCUGGCAGUACUGGCCGAGCUCUCGACCAAGCUCAAGAUUGUCGCCAUCGACCUCCCGGGCAAUGUCGAGUCGUGCCUGCGCCGGAACGGCUUCAGGCUGAGGCUAGAGGGGUCUUCUUACGGCCACGACCUAAAUGAGGCGACAGCGGCUGAGGUGGAGUGGCGGUUCCCGCCGGUCGGCGACAACGACACGGUGGCGUCGCGGUACAGCGUUGAAAACUCCGUCGUCGGCCGCUGGCUACAAGACUGUCUGGCGCAGAUUCUGACCGAGCUCAGCGGGGGGCGCGGCGGCCGCCGCCACCAACAACAACAACCACUGCAUUUGCAUGAGGCAGAGCUCGACGUCUCGGUCCUGGUGUUCCGCGCGGGCGCCAAUGCCGUGCCGACUCUGGUGCAGCAGGACCUCCAGGGCAAUCACCCGCUGGGCGAGGCGAGGCUAGGCGUCUGUGUGGAGAGAUGGGGCAAGGAGGGCGAGCUGGACGCCAGGCAUGGGAUCGAGGUCGAGAGGCACGAGGUGGCGAUCACGGAUGCUGCCGGGCUUGUGACGGUGCUCGCCCCGCUCGCGCUCGCUCAGCCGGCCCUGGGACGCCAGUUCAGGAUGCUCCUGCAGGAAAUGAGCGCGCUCAACGCCUUUGGCGAGCUGAGCCCACCUGCGCUUGACUUCACGGCGCUGAUCAGCCUUCAGUCGGGCCAGCACCCCAGGACCGAGUCGGAAGACUCGGGUGACCCCUUGCGGAUGUCAAAGUCGCCUUUGCGAGCAGGGGAACAAAACGAGCCGGACGCGGUGCCUUUGUCGCGCUCUCUUCUCGCACAAAACCGACUCCACGCCCUCCUUCGAUCUAGUGCCAACGACUUCCGCUCCUCCCGUUCCGCCGGCGAGGAAGCUGUGAAGCAGACCAUUCGAGACGCUACAGAGAACCUAGAAGCGAUCAGAGACGCGUCCUCGACGUGGGUCAUUGAAGAAACGGCCGUCAUUGUCAAGUGUCCCGUCUAUGUCUGGACCACAGUCUUCCUGUGCUUCGUCCUCGUUGCUGGAGGCAUGACGAUUGGCUUCCUGGUCGGGGAUCGAAUCGCUGGCGUUGACCCGUUCGGCAUCACCAGCAUGGACGCCCAGGACAUCAUCAUGUUUUUGUUGUCCACGCAGACCCAGAAUAAGCUGGUGACCCGCGGACCGUUUAACAGGCCGUUCAAGAGCGCUGCUGAGACCGGCUUUUCUAUCGAUGUCCAACCAGAGCUUCGGACUUUGAUGGCAUGCGGCCUGGUCCCUGUCAAAGUCGCCACGCUUCAGGGACCGCACCUGGUGUUCUUGGACCUGAUGCCGGAAGCUGGGAAUCGCUUGACAGUUAUUGACCACUCACGGCGGAGUUUGAGGACGGGUGAGUCUUUCCUGGGAUUCGCAAUCCCUCCAGACCCCAGGUCUGCUAGUGAUGAGAAACUACAGAGGUACAGCAGCUUGGCGUGGGUCAAGGUUCUCGGGCUAUACACUCCGAGAGGAUAAAUAUUUUUCCUCCACCUGACAAUAUAGUUAUCUAGGGAGGCACGGGAAGUAAGCUAUAGCACACCUUCCAAGUAAGCUACAGAAAAGGUUCCAGGUUGGAACCGGACCGAGAUGCCGAUGCGCCAGCCCAAGAUCUGCUCCAGACGAGACUAUUCAUA